AUGAUGCGUCCUCUAAAGAGACGAAGAGAUUCCAAAAAUGAUGCCGAAAAUGGUAUUUCGUACAGAGAAGCCCAAAGACAGGCUGUUUGUUUCGAUGGAACAAAUUCACCUCGUUCUUUUGACUCUGACAUAAACUUGGAUUUGCUAAGUGACACAGAUGGCAUUGGAGACGACAUAUCAGUUGUACAGGAGUUCGGAGAGGAAAGGAUAUGCUACGGAGCGAUCUGCGGAGCCCAGGUUCUUCUGAAUCCUCACACUCAGAUGCCUAAUGAGACACAGCCGUGGGCCAGGUAUUGUUUAUUCAAGAUCGAGCCUGAUGGAAGAAACUACUACUUGGUUGCUGAUGGGGAAACCAACCCCAAGAAGAGGACAGUUCUCGACUGUGAUACAGCUGCGAUUCUGACGAUUGUAGCUAAACGAUCUGGAGAUAAAUUCUUCGCAGCGGUCCUUGCGGUCGAUGUAUUUCGUGGCAAGCGGAAAAGAACCGGAAAGGGUCCAGCUAUCGAUAUUUCAGUCAACAUCUACGGCCCUAGGAACUCGAUUGACGAAGUUGAUGACGCCUUGUCCGAGAUUGGCACUUAUCGCACUUAUCUACAGCAUCCUGUAUUUCUGGAACCUGGUAUCCCAUACAUCAACCCGCAGUUCUUCUACCCAACUUCUCAGAAGACCGACCUCAGACAUUUGGUUGGCUCAAGCGCCCGAGAAAGCGACAUCAAGUCCAAGAUUUCCCAAGAGGUUGACGAGGUUAUGGAGUCAUUGGACGGCUCGUCCGAGGAUCUCACGCCAACAAAUAUUGGUUUCCAUGAUCUGCAACCGAUUCUGGAUCGGUUCCUUCUCAACACGACAUUGAAAGAGCAUCAGCUGAAAGGCGUCGAGUUUAUACUUGGCCGUGAGGACGAAGAGGCAGCCACUCAAGUACACAGGAACAUGCUCAUGUCGAUCCACCAUAGCUUACUAUCUCGUCCAGAGAAACCGGGCCGCGGUGGAAUCCUUGCAGAUGUGAUGGGCCUUGGUAAAACGUUGACCAUGCUGAGCGCCAUUCUUUGCUCGAAGCAAUUGAGUCAGAUCAUUAGCAGCAGUGGCGCUCGACAUCAUGCACCACUGAACAUCUCUCUUGUUGUUUUGCCUUCUCGACAGGUGCUUGACGUUUGGCAGAAUGAAAUUGAUAGGCGAUUCCAACCACAGACAUUCAAAACUGUCACUUUCCACGGAGAUGCGCGGCCGAAAAAGCGAGAACUUCUUCUCGGUCAUGAUAUCGUCCUCACAACGUAUCAUACCCUAGAAAAAGACAAUCGGGGCAAGGGGAUUUUGAACUCCAUAAAUUGGUCAAGGGUCGUACUCGAUGAAGCCCAUCAAAUACGAAACUCUUCAAUCAAACUACAUAAAGCCGCAGCUUCACUUGAAAGUCACACAAGAUGGUGCCUCACCGGGACACCUAUUCAGAAUAGCUUUGAUGACCUCAGAUCACUCCUGAAGUUCCUGCGUUUCGAGCCCUUCAGCCAAAGCAACCUAUUUGAACAGCACAUAGUCAAGCCUUUCAGACAGGAACAGGAGGGUCAGGCGACAGGGCUUGCCGGGGCUCGAAACCUGAAACUUAUGCUCAAAGCGUGUUGCCUACGGAGAACGCAAGCGAAGCUGGACCUCCCGCCCAGCACCAUUGAGCGGGUCGAUGUAGCGCCCACGGAGACUGAGAACUCUGUGUUCACCAGCAUUCUAGACCAAUGCAAGGAAGAUUUUGACAAGAUGGCCGGUAAAGAAGGGAUCUCCAAAAAGUCUAACAUAUUGUUUUCGGCGAUCAUGAAGCUCAGGAGGCUCAAGAUGCACGAAUCACCUGGCCGUACCCAAGCCAAGGGGGAAGACCUCGAGAUCACCCAGCGCAGAACCAACAUCUGUCCUAUCUGCGGUCGACUUCAAUUUGAGGUGAAUGACGAGACCUCAUCCCUGGCACCCUCACCAUCUCCAACUCCAUCUAUGAUGAUGGAUAUCGAUACUCCGGAACCUCCUACCAGAGAGCUUUCAGGAAAAGAUAGCAGUGACUUGAAGAGGCAAUCCUCGAAGAUGUCAGCAGUCGUCGACAAGAUCAAGACAUCAUGUUUGGGUCCCGGUUCCAAGAGUGUCGUGUUCUCUGGUUGGAGAGAUACUCUUGAUAUCUUAGCAAAGAUGUUAGGCGCAGAAGGCAUUGCCUUUAUUCAGGUUGACGGACGCAACCCGCUGGCCGGCCGAACGGAGCUACUCUCCAAGUUCUGCCAGGACACAAUGAUUCGAGUUCUUCUCAUAUCCAUCAACACUGGCGCAGUUGGUCUCACUCUCACACAAGCAAAUAUGGUUCAUAUCGUUGAACCGCAGUGGAACCCAGCCAUCGAAGAACAAGCGAUAGCGAGAGUCGUCCGGAUGGGCCAGAAGAGGCCAGUCACGAUCUUCAAGUACAUAACGGCCGGGUCCAUCGAGAAUACUGUUCUAAAGUUGCAAGAGAAGAAGACGCGGAUCAUCAAAUUAUCGAUGCAAGACAAGGACAGCGCUGAAUCUGAUGCGAACCUGGAUAGUUUCAAGUUUGCCAUCGAUCCAAACGAGUGGGGUGUUGUAUCAUGA